CGAGCCCCCCGAGCUGCCGGCCCCGGCGCCGCGGCCGCCCUCGUCCUCCUCCGAGUCGGAGUCCUCGCCGUGGAUGAGGCGCACCAGGCCGAAGCGCACCGAGCCCCGGUAGCGGCCCGACACCAGGACUGGACCAAAUUCUGAUCUCUCUCACGCUGGUUUGACAGCAGCAUGACUGCCAUGGCUUCAACAGUGUUAUCUUUUCACGAAGACUGCAAGACCAGACCACGCCAUCCAGAAGAACAACUUUCGGAGUUCUUACAAGAAACCGUAUUCCACACACGCCUACAGGGCUUGAUCUGGUGGUGCACUGAGAACCUGCUCCAGGAGUUCAGCACCUCACAGGAUGAAGCCAUUGGUAUUUUUGGCCGGUUGGCUGAUCCCGCUGGAGCGUAUUUACUGAAAUAGAGCCUCGCUGACGACACCGGUGGCCAAACGGAGGAGAAGUUUACGGAGGACACCAGAAAUAACGGAGGAUGUCCGUGAUCAGCGCCUUGCCUUUCCUGAAGCCCAUUCACCUGAGGCCUCCGCGGAGCUCGCCUGGACGCCAACGACGUCACACGCUUCCCGCCAGCGAGUUCCGGUGCCUCACUCCCGAGGAUGCAAUCAGCGUAUUUGAGAUUGAGAGAGAAGCAUUUAUCUCCGUUUCGGGCGACUGCCCCCUUCACCUGGAUGAGAUCCGCCACUUUCUGAACCUGUGCCCUGAGCUGUCGCUUGGCUGGUUUGAAGAAGGCCGACUGGUGGCUUUCAUUAUAGGAUCCCUUUGGGACCAAGAAAAACUCAGCCAGGACGCACUGACUCUGCACAAGCCCGGUGGCACCACCGUGCACAUCCACGCGCUGGCCGUGCACCGCACCUUCCGCCAGCAGGGCAAGGGCUCCAUCCUGAUGUGGCGCUACCUGCAGUACCUCCGCUGCCUGCCCUACGUGCGGCGGGCCGUGCUGAUGUGUGAGGACUUCCUCAUCCCCUUCUACCGGAAGUGCGGCUUCAAGGUGCGGGGCCCCUGCGAGGUCACCGUGGGCUCCCUGGCGUUCGUCGAGAUGCAGUACCCCGUGCGCGGCCACGCCUUCAUGCGCAGAAACAGCGGCUGCUGAGAUGGCGCUUUCCCCCAGCUUCGACGCUUCUCAGGCAAUGUUAGGGGCGGGUAGCCACGUACAGGGAGACAGAGCUGCACAGCAGCCACUGCUCUCCUUACAAGCAACAUCCAUGCUCACUGCUUACUUUUGUGCCUGCCUGGUAUUCCAGCGGGCUGCCUUUUAACUAGUAGCUCCAGGCCCAGCCCACUUGCCUCUUAACUGGUCCUAGCGCUGACCCAGCCAUCGAGCUUACAGAUACGGCGCGAAAGGCAGCAGAACCACAGUAAGCACCCUUGCCUCUUCGGUCCAGAGCUCAACAGGCAGGCUCCAUAAGGCUACAGCUGUUGAGUUUGACCUCCCCAGGACAGGCGUACGUCAAUUCUGGCUAGCCCAAGCCUCCCCUUUAGCCCCUGGCUUUAAAAGCAGCAGUGGGAGUAAUAAAGCGCUGAGAGCAUGUUAUGCAAUUAUAGAAGGGGGAAAAACAUUGCUUGAGAAGCAGCACCACAUGGAUCAGUUCAUCGAUUCCCUGGUUUUGUUCUCUUUGUCAAAUGCUCCAAGGCCAACAACAUGAGGCAGGCAUGUGGCAGACACCUCUUGGGGGUCUCUGCUGGGAAAAGCCGUCCGCGCCGUCUCAUGCUAGUUACUCGCUACCAUGUUCUGCUGUGAUGUAUUAAAUGGAAUCCGUGCUCGUAUGUUCUGUACAUAUGUGAGAUACAUUCAGCUACGCUAGGCUCCAGCAAGUCCCCUUCCUCCCUCGCCCUCCUGCUGUUAUAGGUUGACAACCAACGGACGUGUGAGAAAUCCCAUAAUAACGUAGGUUCAG